AUGGGAGGGGUCGAUUUGAUCGAUAUGUUGAUUUCGCUCUAUCGUAUCAAUGUUCGCUCACAGAAGUAUUAUAUUAAGAUCUUUUUUCAUCUUAUUGAUCCAUCAUUAGUAAAUGCUUGGCUUCUGUAUCGUCGUCAUUGUUCACAACAUAAAGUUUCAAAAACGAAGAUAACGUCUUUACUAACAUUUUGUGUUAAUGUAGCUGAAGCUUUGCUUAAAUCUAAUCCAUCACCACCACCAGUGAAGCAUGGUCGUCCAUCAUUGCAAUCAGUAACAAAUGAAAAAUUGCCUCCAUCAUCAUCUACAACUGCACCAAAUCCAGCUCCACUAACAAGUGUUCGAUUGGAUAAAUUUGAUCAUUGGCAUGUUCACACAGAGAAGGGCCGCUGUCGAAAUCCUGUUUGUAUUGGCCAGACAAGAAUAUCAUGUUCAAAAUGUGAACUACGCCUAUGUUUGAACGAUAAAAAUAACUGUUUCAAAGAGUAUCAUAAUUAA